GCGUGCAGGAGGUCGGCCGACAACGCUUUCCAGUUUGUGUUUCCGACCCACGGGCAGCUGGCGUGUCGCAUGCAGCGCCCGCAGUGCCACUCGUUUUACUCCAUCAUUUAAUUUGUUAACUCAUGACUUACUACAAUAAUAUCAUGACGUAAAACUGUAAAGGCGCUCUUUAUGUACAAGUGAGGUUGUGUUUGUUGUGUUGUGCAAAAGACAACGUGCUAACAUAAAAAUUAAGAGAAACCGGAGGCGAACGAAAAACUACUGUUAGGUUCAAAAAGACAAAAGAAUUGAAACAAGAUGGCGGUGUUUGGUAUGGUCUCCGCGGUGGCGGGCUUCGUCAAGGUCCGCUACCUCAUCGACAAAGCUGUCAUCGACAACAUGGUGUUCCGUAUGCACUACCGUAUCACCUCUGCCAUUCUCUUCCUCUGCUGUAUCCUCGUCACCGCCAACAAUCUCAUUGGUGACCCGAUAGCCUGCAUCAACGACGGCGCGAUACCCGGCCACGUACUCAACACUUACUGCUGGAUCACGUACACGUUCACACUGCCCAAUUCCGACUCGAAGGCCGUCGCUCACCCCGGUCUUGGCAACGACUAUGAAGAGGAGAAGCGUAUCCAUGCCUACUAUCAGUGGGUGCCGUUCAUGCUUUUCUUCCAGGGUCUACUCUUCUAUUUGCCCCACUGGGUGUGGAAGAACUGGGAAGAGGGGAAGGUCCGCAUGAUCUCAGACGGCAUGCGUGGAACUGUCGCAGCCAUCGCGGAUGAUAAGAGCAACCGACAGGCUCGCCUAGUCCAGUACCUGAUGGAAACCCUACACAUGCACAACGCAUACUCUUUCGGCUACUUCUUCUGCGAAGUAUUGAAUUUCAUCAACGUGGUGGGCAACAUCUUCUUCUUGGACACAUUCCUCGGUGGAGCCUUCUUGACUUAUGGUACUGACGUUGUCAAAUUCUCGAAUAGGAAUCAAGAAGACCGUACCGACCCUAUGAUUGAAGUAUUCCCAAGAAUAACCAAGUGUACCUUCCACAAAUUUGGUGCUUCCGGCACAAUUCAGAAACACGAUGCACUGUGUGUCCUCGCUCUGAACAUCCUCAAUGAAAAAAUAUUCAUUUUCCUGUGGUUCUGGUUCAUCAUCCUAUCAGUGGUAUCUGGGUUGGCUCUGGUGUACUCCGCAGCUGUCAUCCUGAUGCCGAGGACGCGCGAGACGAUCCUCAAGAGACGCUUCCGAUUCGGAACGCCGAACGGAGUGGAGGCACUUGUUAGGAAAACUCAGGUUGGCGACUUCCUACUCCUACACUUGCUGGGUCAGAACAUGUCUCUGCGAGUGUUCGGAGAAGUUUUAGACGAGCUGUCCCGAAGGCUGCACCUCGGAUCCAACGCGCCCUCCGCCCCAUCAACCAUAGAGAUGGCACCGAUUUACCCGAACAUCGAUAAGUUCUCGAAGGAGACCGAGACGUAAGUGAAGUUAGGACCGGCCAAACGAAGCGAGCGGCGAUCGUAGUUUGUUUCAAAAUGACGUAAAUGGAUCAUUGAAUUGAAAGACAAAUGAAUAACGUUUUAUCGGGUUGACGGUUACAACAUAAAUAUAAUUUAACACAGUGUUUUGUUAUGGUAAUAUCUACUGUUUAUACAUUUCAACAGCUUGUAACUUUUACUAUUACAUACAAAUCGUCAGCAGACUGAAAUUUUGGCAAGUUAAUUAUUUUAGCGAUCUCCAUUUAUGUCAGCUUACAACAAACUACUUAAAAUUCAUGUUCAUGACACGCCACUUGCCAUGGGCCACUCUAUACAGAGCAUUAGAGCAUUACAUACAUCUAUCAAAUAUUAGAUAACAGUUGACUCCUGUCCAAAUCAUAUAUCCGUGAAAUCGAUUACAUUAGGAAAUUUAAUAAAGACCAUACUCUGAGUGAUUUCACAGAAUAUGCAUUUGUGACGACUUAGCUAAAAAUGUGUCUUGCUGAUGUCUUUAUUGCUCAUAUGGUUUCACUUUCAAUACCUACCGGCGAACUUAUGAAAAACAAGACAACGUAUAUCAUGACAUUCCUUUAUUAAUUAAGGCAACAUUGAUAGUUUAUUGACAAAUUUAGUUUUACACGCAGUAAAUAUUUCAUCUAGGCAUAAGCUUUAAAAUUGGGGUCUCAAUAAAAUUUAGUGAAUGUUGUAACAUGGAUGAGUUUAUGCGAAUGUGCAUAAAGUAGUCGAAAUUCGUUGAUAAUACAAGGCAUAUGAUAUUUAAAGUGUGAAAUGGCUGCUGUUAGUAAAUAUCACUGUUAUUGUUUGGUACUGACUGUUGUAGUCACGUGAAGCACCUGGUAAUAUUGUUUAAUGUAAGUUUUUAAGUAUUGACUAAGCAGCAUGGAGUAAAAUGUGCUAAUGCUGUGAGUUUAAGGAUACGACCUCGGUUAAAUGAAGAGAGUGAAUACUAUGUUCAAGUAUUUUUACUAUUUACUUGCUUUGUUUUAGCCUUAGUUGACGACGUAUCUUGAAUUCAACAGAUUUAGGUUUAAGUUUUAUCUCAAUUCAUAAAAAGACAUCAUCUACAUUGUCUUUCAUAAAUAAGAAUAUUUUUGCUAAAGCUUUAUUUGGCUUGAUUUCAAUAAAGUCAUCAUACCACCAAUCGCACGUGUGCAAAAAAUGCCAUAUUAUAAAUCUUUAGCGAAAUAUAGGAAAGUUAUUUUAUUUACUUAGAGUCAAAGAUUUUACUCAAAUCUAAAUAUUACUUACUAAUGAAAUAUAUUUUAUUAUGCUUAUGAAAUGCCUACUCUACAUAUUCCUAUGAAAUCGUUUAACAUAAAUUAAGAUUAUUACUGCGGUCUGUGAAUAUAUGGAAAAAAUAAAUUGAUAUUUAGGAAAAUGCUAUUGAAGUGUCCUUUUGUUAUAUUAAGUGUUAGAUAGGACUUGGUGCAAAUGGUAAAGUACUAUUGUACGUUACUGUACUCAUCAAAUUUUGUGCCAUUACAACAGUCACGUGUUAUUUGGAUUUUAAAUGUGUCUGCGAUGCUUUCGGCGAUUCCCCACGAUACUCGACUCUUCAUAUCGAUAUUACUACUAUAAGUAUACUGUAAGACUCAGUCAUAAUUGUGUCAAUAGAAUCUCUUUCUAUAAUUCCAUACA